AUGUCCCACCGUCAAACCACGUCCCGGGGCUCACAGCCCUCGCAACUGAAGAGUACUGGACAACCUUCGAGGCCGACUACCUUGGCGGCACCCAAGCCUGUCCGCCCGGUGCAAAAUUUACUGCAGCCCCCGGCACAGCAAUGCACGGGCCGCCCCAGCCCUCCGGGCUACACGAGCUUCCCUCCGCCUCCGAGCCCGGCUCCGGCCGUCGGCGCUGACGGCCCUUGCCUUCCUCCGACGGUAUCAUCGGCAAACCCUUCUAAGGGCAGCACCGGCACCGGUCCCCGAAUCGGCUUCCGAAGUCCCGGUCCUAAUGCCUUGACAAGUUUUCCUCCACCCCCACCAACGCCGCCUCAAAGAGAUGCGGCAGGUUACAUUUCUGCAGGUGUCGCCCCUCCAACUUCAUCCGGUCCUCCCCCAAAAUCAUUGAAGCCUGCAUCAUCUACUGUACAGCAUCCUUCGAAAUCCCACCCAAUAGCCGUAACGGCCAAGGUUUUGGCAACACCAGAAAAGCCCAAGAGCUGCUUAUCAGUCUCGGAGACUGAGUUGCGGCCGGGCACUAUUGCUAUUGAAAACCUCGAAGAGAAUCUUCAUAACCUCCGCUUCGCACCUUCGCCGAUACUCUCAACCAUCUACUCCGUCCCAUCAACCCCCCGCGAAGAGCUUUCAACUCCCGACUUCACUGCCAGCACCACCUCCUGCUUCACUCCUCCUUCCACCAACCCGACCCCCGAACCAAUGGUCCUGACUCCCCGCCUACCGCCACCAACUCCAAAGGAACCAGUCACUUCACCAACCCGACCCCGAGCCAACUCCCGCAGAACUACCCCGCCGAGUAGAAAGCGGGGCCGUGGCGUCGUAUCUUGCAUCGACACCGUCGUGACGUUCCCUACAACAUGGUACAUCCACUCAGCCGCUCCCAACUUCUACAUCUGCUCCCGCUGUUACGAGGACCACCUUUACGGAACACGGUUCGAAAACGAUUUCAAGGGAAAGAUAUACGACGACAAGAAGCCUCGCGUAUGCCGGUUCAGCAAACCCAGAGUCAGGGAUCAUCUUCUCCAGCAGGUCCUUAUCACCGGCCGUAUCGAAGAUUUGAUCUCCUUCCUUCGCCAUCGCAGCUCAAUCCUAGACUGCCGAGGCGUCAACGGUGUCCACGGCUCCGAAGGAACAAAAUGGUAUCGACCAAAGAACAACGCCGUGCCAAACAUGGUAGUCUGCCAGGCCUGCUACGAGGACCACAUCCAGCCGUUCCGCUCUGCCGCAAACUUCGAACCGACUUCCGCGCAGCCUGCCAACGAUGUCUGGUCGUGCGACCUCGCGAUCCCCUACAUAAAGAACAUGUAUAGAUUAAAGGCGGCGCAAGACAACGACUGGGCGACUUUCACCACCGAAGCCGUCGCCAGAAUGAACAUCUCUGCAUGUGCGAAGCGUCAAAAAGUCGCCGUAGGCUCGCGAAGGUGGUUUGCCCCGACCACCGGUAUGCCUGGCGUUCUCAUUUGCGCUGCGUGCUACUGCGACCACGUCGCCUGGUCCGGUGAGGAACACCGCUGGAAAGACGCGGGGGAUAACCUAGCCUCGCGGUACGGAAGCAUGGUUUACUGCGCCCUGGGUCACUUCAAUGUCGGCAUCGCCAUGUCCCGUGCCCAGGAGACCAAGGACUUUUCUAUUUUCUGGAAGGCGCUGGACAUUGCUUGUCACGAAGAGUUCUGCGACCCGCAGGGCAUCAAAGACGGCUCGUGGUACACUUUUCCUUCGCACCCAGAAGAGUUCGGUAUCUGCGCGACGUGCGUGGCCACCAUCGCCGAACCGCUCGGGCUCGCGUCAUCUCUUGUACGCAAGUGCGGUGUGCCGCCUAGGUCGACUUACCUGUGCUCUUUUAACCCUGCCAGUCCGCGCUUCCUUGCCUACAUGACCAAGCUCCUGGAAGGGUUUUAUAUAGCAGACACAAGGCCUCUAGAUUCCUACGCUCUUGAAUUCGCCAGUCUCCCCCUCUGCCCUCGGGACGAGGAUUUCAAGAAUAGGAGAUGGUAUGGAUGGCAGGAUUGCACAAUCUGCCCCUCUUGUUAUCAUGAAUUUGCCCGCGGUACCGCCCUGGCAGCCUGCAUGCCCCUAAAGGGUGAGACUGUUCCCGGAAGCCUCAUGUGCGAAAUGUACUCUCCGCGUAUGCGCUCUCUGUACACCGAAGCCUGUGAGCGGUCCCCUCCCAGUCCGGCCAAUCUCCUCAAGGCUUCCAAGGCACGCCGAGCGGUGUACUUUGAGACGGUGCCCGUGAUUCGUCAGAUGAUUCUUGAGGCUCAAGCCGCGCUGGGGCACCAACGGAGAAUCAGCUCGGCGAGUCGGGCCAUGGGGCAAAUUCAGGACAUCUCGAUGAAGAGCUCUUUCGUGUAUGACUUGGCUGGCGCUGGAAAUGGAUCCGCAAACACUUACGGUAUAAAGGGCGCGUUAUACGGAACGCAAGCUAGCUCGAUUGCGGCUGAGUUUGGGUCUGGGACGCGGACGCUUGUGAUGGAGAAGCUGGAGAAGAGAUGGAGUGAAGUAGAGUAG